AUGCCCGACGAUCGAAUUGGUUUUGUCACUCAUGAGACCUUGUUUUUCGGAAGAUAUGAUGGAGAAGAUUUGGAGCAAAAUGGGGAGCAAGGUUUGUACAUACAUUGCUUAUAGAAUAUUGAUUAUUUUUUUCUCCUUUUAGAAAACCAUAUUUACACUGUGACAGUUAACAAUAUGGAAAAUGUGGAGGAAAUCGCUUGGUCUAUAACUAUUUUAACAUUCUAUGGAAUAUUUAGAUUCCCCACAAUUCAUUUCAUUUGA